AUGAAGUUCGGGGAAACGCCUUUGUCCUUUGGGGACUCGCCAACAGAAAGUAAACAAAGUGAAGACAGAGAAAUAGAAGAUCGAGAUAGAGAAGACAGAGAAAUAGAAGACCUAGAUGUAGAAGGUACAGAAAUACAAGAUCGAGAUAGAGAAGGUACAGAAGAUAUAAACACAGGAGAUAAUGAAUUAAAAGAUGAAGAAACAGAAGAUAUAAAAACUGCAGAAGAUGUAAAAACUACAGAAGAAAUAAAGACAGAAGAUUUAAAAGCAGAAACAGGAAAUAUAAAAACGGAAACAGGGGAUAUAAAAACCCAAGAUAUAAAAACCGAAACAGAAGAAGAUAUGAAAACAGAAACACAAGAUAUAAAAACUGCAGAAGAUAUAAAAACUGAAGAUAUAAAAUCCGAAGAAUUAAAUGCAGAAACAGGAGAAAUAAAAACCGAAUCAGAAGAUAUAAAAACCGAAGAUAUAAAAACUGCAGGAGAUAUAAAAACAAACGAUUUAAAAACAGAAACAGAAGAUAUUCAAACUGAAGACAAAGAAACAAAAAGAGAAAAUAUAAAAGCUACAGAAGAUAUAAAAACAGUAACAGAAGAUAUAAAAACAGUAACAGAAGAUACAAAAACUGAAGAAGAUCUAAAAAAAGAAGACAUGAAAACAGAAACAGAAGAUAUAAAAACCGAAGAAGACACAAAAACAGAAGAUGUAAAAACAAAAACAGAAGAUAUAAAAACAAAAACAGAAGACAUAAAAACAGAAGAUGAUAUAAAAACAGUAAGAGAAGAUAUAAAAACUGAAGAAAACAGAAGAUAUAUAAAAACCGAAGAUAUAAAAACUGCAGGAGAUACUAAAACUGCAGAAGAUUUAAAAUCAGAAACAGAAGAUAUAAAAACUGAAGACAUAGAAACGAAAAGAAAUGAUAUAAAAACUCAAGAUAUAAAAACAGAAGAUAUAAAAUCAGAAACAGAAGACACACAUAUAAAAACAGAAACAGAAGAAAUAAAAUCUCAAGAUAUAAAAACCGAAGAUAUAAAAACAGAAACAGAAGAAAUAAAAUCUCAAGAUAUAAAAACCGAAGAUAUAAAAACAGAAGAUAAAGAAGAUACAGAAAAUGCAGGAGUUAAAUAUAUAGAUACAGAAAAUACAGAAGUAAAAUACAUAGAUACAAACAAUACAGAAGUAAAAGAUACAGAAACAGAAAAUACAGAAUUGAAAUGUAUGAAAACAGAAAAUACAGAAACAGAGUAUAAAGACGUAAUAUAUGUAGAAACAGAAAAUACAGAAGUAAAAGAUGUAGAAACAGAAUGUCAAGAAGUAAAAGAUGUAGAAACAGAAUGUCAAGAAGUAAAAGAUGUAGAAACAGAAUGUCAAGAAGUAAAAGAUGUAGAAACAAAAUGUCAAGAAGUAGAUCACAUAGAGACAGUGUAUAAAGAAGUUAAAGAUGUAGAAACAGAAUGUCAAGAAGUAGAUGAUGUAGAAACAGAGUAUAAAGAAGUAGCUGAUGUAGAAACAGAAUAUACAGAAGAAAAAGAUGUAGAAACAGGGUAUAAUGAAUUAAAAGAUAUAGAAACAGAGUAUAAAGAAGAAAAAGAUGUAGAAACGGAAUAUAAUGAAGUAAAAGAUAUAGAAACGGAAUAUAAAGGAGACAACAACAGUGAAACGAAACAUCAAGAAACACAAAUAAAUGAACUUAGAGAAAAGGUGAUUACUGUUGCAGGAGAAAGAGAUGUGAUGGAAAUAAAAACACAAACCAAAGAAAUGGAAGAUAGGGGAAUAGAUAAGAGGGAUACAGAAGGAACGGAAAUAAAGAUGGAGAAACAAUGGAUAAACAACCAACCAGAAGAUAGAGAAGCAGAGGAACAGAGAACCAGAGGAACGGGUGAUAGAGAUACAGAAGCAGAAGAUAGAGAACCAAAGGAACGGGCGAUAGAGAUACAGAAGCAGCAGAUAAAGAACCAGAAGAAAAACGAAAGAAAACAAACGGGAAUUAGAGAAACAGGAAUUAGAGAAACAUGA